AAAAGCUAGCGCCAUUCUUCUGACAGGGUUGAUUCAAUACCCUUCUAAGCCUUCUCACCAGCCUGAGACGUAAGCCUCUCCUGAAGAGCUCCGAGAGGCCAAAGCCCAAGUUUUAGUGUGGAGAGCUUCCCCAAACAGUUUCUGGCAAUUGGUUUAAUUUCGACAGGGUCUUUGUUUGGUUCCUUCGUUAAGGUUAAGGGGACGAAACGCGAUCGCAGCCAAAGUGAUCUCCUGCUCCUGUACUCUCAACCAUACGACAUACCUACAGUCUGAUCGCCGAACUUAUAUAUGAAACACAUACAACUGUUUUGUUGAUAUGCAUCACCAGGCAAUGAUAGCAACAUUAUAAGGUCUUUGCUGUCCCCUCUCUGUUUGUUUACCUAAAGGACCAAUACCUCGACCAUGGAUCAAGCAGACAUCCCCGCGCUGCUGGCGCGAAUGGCGAGUGAUGAAGAUGCUUCGCGCAAGAUGGCAGUAUUUAAACUGCAAAACUCGAUUAAUGAUCCAGCAUUUGCCGAUGUUUUCAUAUCCUCGGGCGGCCUAGUCGUCCUCCGCCGACUCAUCAUGACAUCUGCUGGCAACACCCUCGCAUACUCUCUUCAGAGUCUUACCCGAUUGUUGGAAGUUGAUAUGGGAUGGGAUAUCUUUGAGGGCCCAACCGCAAGCGAUCUCGUCGAACGUGUCGUCGAAUUGAUUGUUACAAACCCUUUGGUCAACAUCCUCAGAGGAGCCAUGUCCAUCUUGGUCGCACUUGUUGGUCAUUCCCAGUCUACCAACCAAAGUGAUGCCGCGAACCGAACACCAGGAACCUUUGGCUUCCGCGCCCUGAAACCCGCUGUGGCUGUGCACCCAAACUUCUUCGAGCUGGUUAUACAGCAGCUGCAGAGCGCAGAUCAUGCCCUGUGUGCCAAUGCACUGAUGUUGAUCAAUGCCCUGAUCCGAGACGCCGUAUCGGGCGAGAGUGCAGCAAAUGGUGGAAAGGCCAACGCAGGUUCAGGAGAGGAUUGGGCCAAGUUCAUCAAGCGGCUACAAGACUUGGGGCUUAUCAAAGCGGUUCACAGGCUCAUGCAGAGUUCUGCGCUUCAGGACCUGGCGCAUCCCAUGCUGGAGUUUCAAACGCUGACCAAAAUUCUAUUGAGAAAGUGGCGCGAAGUCGAUGUUGAUCUUGAGCGACCGGAGCACCGAAGAGCUCUCAAGGGGCUGCAUCUGGCGAGUGCACCGGAUCGAGCUCAUGUAAACGGACAUUCCCCGGGACAAGAGUCGCACGAGGUUCCAGGGAAGAAGGGCAGCAGGCGUCACAACCCCGAAAAGUGGAGGAGACUAGGAUUCGAGACAGAAAGUCCGGCACAGGAAUUCGAUAUGACUGGCUUCUUGGGUAUGAUGGACCUGACCGACUAUGUCCGCAGAAAUGAGGAUGGCUUUCAGAAGCUGCUGCUCGAGCAGGCAGGGAAGCCUACAUCUGAGCGCUGCCCCGUGGCCAGGGCCAGUUUCGCUGUGACGAUGAUACUGUACGACCACUUCGACGUGGACAAGACGGAUCUGGAUGAUGUUAGGGGCUACCAGUUAUUGGAGGCCAAAGAUCACGACAGAUUAUUUAGGCCCUUGCUGCUCCAGUGGUCUCGGCUACACACUGCCGGCUUGUACGCCUUUUUCCGUGUCUGGAAACUCACUGGCGCGGAACAGGGCGACUUUGAAAAGGUGGUCGAGCUGAUUAGAAUUCUGAUCGACUGCGUCGUCGGAGGAGCUACAAGGACCAAGGAUGUGGCCGAGGUGGAAGAAGAGAUGCAGGAGUACGAUGUACCGCGACUGCGGGAGCAGCAAAUGGGCCUGUUGGAAAUGUCGUUUGAGAGCACAUGGGGUCAGCACCUACAACAAGUGAGAGAAGAGCUGAAACAAGAGGCUCUGCAAUUCGUCAAGGAGCAGCGAAUUCGAUGUCUUCUACAAGGAUCUUGGUUCUCAAAGCCGACGCCUAAGCGUGACAAUGGUGCAGUGAAGCACAGACUAUUCACACCUACCCCUUGGCGAUAUGCAAAACUCUCUCAUAACCGACGGUAUCUCCACUACGCCGACUUCGAGGAAAAGACAAUAACGGCGCCCAGCUUGGAUUCAUUGGGUGAAAAGGUUGAUCUCAGUACUAUCAGCUCUGUUGUAUCCAAUGUUUCGGCACCCAACGAAGACACCCGGAGCACCAUGAGUGAUUUGAUGGGCAAGGAUGCAACUCCCAAGACAACAACCAAGAUCACCGUCUACAGUUUCGUAAACGCAAUGGAGGCGGCAAGGGGAACGGACAGCAAGGAGCAGCCCAUCUUUACUUUGUGGCCACUGAGCCACAGCCUGGCCUCGGAAUGGCUGGACGGACUCUUGAUGCUACUGAACCAAGCACCCAUAACUGCGGAGACCAACAAGCUUGUGAAUCUGGUGAGCGAGUAUGGGCUCAAAAUCCGACUAUUGAAUGUCCGAAUGGACACAGCAUUUGACGGCCCGGAGCCCGGAGCUGGAGUGAUACCGAGCCGGGAUGGUCUUGAUGAGGAUUACUUUUUUGAGGUGUGAGCGUUUAAGGUGGUCGAACGUGUUUUCUCUCUCUCCUUUGUCAUGUUCAUUUGUGUUUGGCGAUUCAUAAAUAUACCCCAUAUCGUUGCGCGGCAAGGCCAUAGAGACAGGCAUAGCGAGCGUUGUUUGGACAAGCUCAAUACAGCUGCUGGAAGAAGAACAUAUCAGAUAUAAGUGAGGCAUUAACUUUGGGCAUGUUGCCGAAUAUUUCAUGCCUUAUCAUGAUAGCAGCAUAACAUCCGCAUUGCUCAUUACUUAGUUUACAUAUAUCCUAAAAUAUGAUAUUUUGACGUAUGGCCGAUGUAAAAAGUAAGAAAUCGGCAUAUUCUUUUAUGGCAUGAG